AACUGAUACUUACAAGCAGUUGCCACUCACUACCAGUCAGUUGACUCACUGUACAAGACCUCUCCCCUUUACUUCACUCUACUGCAGGGUGGGAGAUGCAACAAUGGCCUUGAGAACAGCAGGAAGUGUGUUGGUGGUCUUUCUCUGGUCUGUAGCAGUGGUACUGGGUCAGAAUGGCUGGAGUGUUACAUACACCACUCAGAGAAUCUGUACCUUGAAGGGGUCAACAGUGGAGAUGUCCUGCUCUUACACAUAUCCCAGUGGUUAUAAAGUCACAUCAACCUUCUGGUUCACCAAAAAAUAUGAAAUGGAGAAUUAUGUAAAUCUGAGAGAUGAACCAGUCUUCAAAGGUCGUGUGACGUACCAUAGCGAUAGGAUGAAUGGCCACACCCUGAGAAUCACAGACCUGAGAAAGAAGGACUCAGCUGAGUACAAGUUCAGAUUUAUAACAGAUCAGCCAGGAGGGAAAUAUUCUGGCUAUCCUGGAGUCACUCUGUCUGUUACAGACCUGCAGGUGAAGGUGACCACUACAUGGUGGUUAACGACACUGACCUGUAGCACCACCUGUACUCUGACUGGUAACCCCACCUACAUCUGGUACAGGAACAGUAAGAUUGUGCAAGGGGCCUCCUCUCCCUCGUACCCAGUCUACUUAAAAACCGAAGACAGAUUCUACUGUGCUGUAAACGGCAUCAAUUCUCAUCCAGUGUCUUUUGAGGGUCACAGUUAUUUCCACGUGACUUACACCCAUCAGAGGAUCUGUACCUUGAAGGGGUCAUCAGUGGACAUAUCCUGCUCUUAUACAUUUCCCAGUGGUCAUACAGUCUCUGAAACAAAAUGGUACACAAAAGGAAAACUUGACGAGGCGCCUCAAAUCCUGAACCCGGGGUAUGGAGGUUGUGUGGAGUACCUUGGAAAUAUGCAGAGUGACUCCACCCUGAGAAUCACAGACCUGAGAGAGGAGGAUUCAGCUGAGUAUAAGUUUAGAUUCAGAACAGAUCAGACAACCUGGGAGCCCACCUUCCCUGGAACAACUCUGACUGUCACAGUUCUGCAGGUGAAGGUGACUCCUGCCACUGUGUCAGAGGGACAGAAGGUGACACUGACCUGUAGCACCACCUGUACUCUGACUGACAACCCCAACCCCACCUACAUCUGGUACAAGAAUGGACAUGUAACCAAACGAUCUAACAGUCUGUUCCUAAACCCAGUCAUCAGUGAGGAUGCAGGCAGAUACUCCUGUGCUGUAGAAGGCCAUGAGGAUCUCCCCUCUGCUGAAGAGACUCUCACUGUCACAUAUGGCCCAAAGAACACCUCAGUGUCAGUCAGUCCCUCUUGUGAAAUAGUGGAGGGUAGUUCAGUGACUCUGACCUGCAGCAGUGAUGCCAACCCACCUGUGGACAAAUACACCUGGUACAAGAAGAACGUAACCUCAGCAAAAGCAUCAGGACAGAGUUACAGCAUCACUAACAUCAUCUCUGAGGACAGAGGAGAAUAUUACUGUGAGGCCCAGAAUGGAAGAGGAUCUAUGAACUCUACAGCUCUGAUGAUCAUUGUAGCAGGGAAACAAACCUCAGUUAUGACUGUAGCUGUAGGAAUCACAGUGGUUGUUCUGGUUCUCAUCCUCUGUUUCUCUGGCUUCAUGUGGUUCAGGAAACAAGCCUCCAAAUCCACCUCCAACACAAGAGACACGGCAGACGAUGGACAGGGAAACUCUAGUCCAGUGUAUGACAAUGUCUCAAGCAUGGCCAUGACCCCUACUGCAGCACAGACAGCGGACACAGACAACCAUGAUUAUGUUUACUAUGCCAGCGUCCACUUCUCUGGCUCCAAAAUCCAGGAAGUGCCUCUAUACUCCACCGUCCAGCUGCCUCAGCCCCAGAUUCAGGAGGAUGUCCAGUAUGCUGCUGUGAAAUUCAGCUGUCCCAGUGCUGCCACCCGGUGAACGCAUUCUGCCAUUACAACAACAGUGUCAAUACUAGAACAUGGAACACACAGACAGCAUCAGGGUCAUUCAUAUGCUGCUGCUUGUUGGAAGAGUAGACAAUGUAAUCAAUAAGCAAAACGGUUGACCCCCUAGUGACAACUCAUUGUUCCCUGAAAAGUCCCUCCAUCAAUAGGGGAAGCACAGGAGGAUGGUGGCACCUUCAUUGGGGAGGAUGGGCUUGUGGUAAAGGCUGGAGCGGAAAAGGUGGAAUGGUAUAAAAUACAUCAAACACAUGUUUUCAUUCCAUUUGCGCUGUUCUGCCCAUUAUUAGGACCAGUUCUCACCUCAGCAACCUCCUGUGAUCUAAAGAGUUGUAGGACCAUCCUUCAGGCCAAAGUGCAUUUCCUUGAACUCAUAAUAUGGUGUAACAAUGGACAUUUUGAAAAGUUGCAUUCAGGGUUGGGAUAAAUUACAUUACAAUUUAGGAAAAUUACAAUUGUUCCUCAUUGAAAAGCAUUGAAAAAAGAUGGAAUUUCAGUUUAGCUCCUGAAUUUAAAUGCUAUUGACCCCUAGCCUGGUUGCAGUUUCAAGAAGACCUUGUAUAUCUGGACCUGUAUUUAAAAAAUAAGUGAUAUAAUGAUAUAUAACAAUACAAUAAUAUAUGCCAUUUAGCAGAUGCUUUUAUCCUGGGGACAGGGGGAGUAGGCGGGAGGGGGGGGGACUACCUUUCACCCAGUGUUUCUUAAGUGAUUGGUUUGGGCCAAUUUCUAGUCAUUUCUUUAGACUUAAGUGUAGCAAAAACAAUUCUGCACAAGACUAUACAGCUACACUGUUACUCGAGGUAUGGCAUUAACUUGGCAUUGAGAUUGAGACUGUAAAGCAUGAUACUAUAACGCUUUUUAAUCACUUAUCUAAAUGUGUUUCUUACUUCUUGUCAAAUGUGAUGAGUGGCAUGUGUUUGUUUAUCCAUGAGCAAAUGUUAAUAAACGCUUUCUUCUUCUUCCA